AUGGAGAAAACUCACAUGAAGACAAUUCACACUAUGGGAUAUCCUGUGUCUAUAUCAACUCGAGAUGGUCGUGUGCAUCUGCAUAAUGAUGGCCAUAACAAUUCUCAUCACUCAGUUGAUAUGCGACAUAGGAACUUUGAACAAGGUGUUUACUCAAGAUCACCCUGUGAUUCCCCUUGUAUUCCUGGUAGUUGGUUCAGUACUUCUAGUGAUUGUGAUAUACGUGAAGUACGUGUGGUACAUUCUUCCUCUGUUGUACACUAUGGUUGGAUUAAUCGUUGUAUUCUAUUCCCUUGGCAUUACUGCUGUAUGUGGUGUGCUAAAAAUAGGAUUUAACAUCCUUGCUUUAGUGUUGGCAACAGCUUUCGCUGUAGUGGCUAUAUUUUUCGGUUACAUGUUACCGAAAUUUAAUAAAAGCCUCUGGAUAACUUUGCUAGCAAUAGCUGGUGGAUUUCUAUUGUGUGCUG